AUGGCCAAUUCUCAGGGCAUGCUUGGUACGCCAGAGGAACUCGGACAUUAUUGUAGUCGUGGCUCUUUCGUGGAUUAUCUUGAGACAGAGUCAAUUUCAGAGCGGCUAACCAAAAUCCCUGGCAAAAAUCUCGGCCCAAGAUGCAGCGAUGUUGAGCGGGCUGUCAAUAAAGAAUAUUCCCACGGGGUUCGGUUGGCUGCCCUUGGCGCUAAACGUCCUCUCUUUCGUCAGCUGAAUACCUAUUCAGCCACAACCAAUCGUACAUGUCCUCAACGCACAUCUGGUUCAAGUCAGAGUGGGGGGUAUAGUGCUCAACCAGCCAGUCGUCAAGUAAAGGCCGGGACUUCUUCAAAUGCGAGACAGUCGAAGAAAAGAAGGAAGAAUAAUUCAGAUGGCGACAAUGGCGACGAUGACGAGCGCACGCCUAGCGGCAGCAAGGAACCCGCUAAUUCGAAAGGCGACGGUCCGAAUUUUGCCUGCCCGUUUCUCAAGAAGUUUCCCCAUUCGUCUCUUCAAUGCGGCGGUCGUGAUGGUUUUCCCAACACGUCACGAGUUAAAGAGCACAUAUACCGAGCUCAUGAUAAAUACCAAUGCCGACGCUGCGGAAUAACCUUCGAACAGGACGACCGAUACGAAGUCCAUGUUCGGACGAAUUCCUGCGCGCCUCCGUCUCCUCCGGAACAUGUACCCGUUCUUAUAGCAAAUAGAAAAAAGCUCGGGUUGUUACGAAACCGGGAGGGCUUGCAGUAUAUGUCGGAACGGGACAGGUGGCAUAAAAUCUACAAGCUCCUCUUUCCAGAGGUUACUAAAGAGGAGCUUCGUCAGAUUUCCCCAUACGUGGAAGAGCAUGCAGAACAUAGAGUACAAGAAGCACCGCAACAACCCCAGGCGAUACAUCAACAGCAACAAGAAGUACCACAGCAGCAACAGAUAUCAGCACAGCUUCAGCAGUUCUUCCAGCAGUCCCUCCAGCCUCUACAAGGGAUUCAGCAACAGAUGCAGGUGCUAUCGCAACAGAUGCGAGAGUCGCAGCAAGCAAGCCAGGCAUUACAAAAUCAACUAGCUGGCCAUGAGGCGUGGAUACAAGCGCAAGGCCGGGCUUCAGAUGAUUUCUCUUUUUUUACUUCGGUGGGCUCUCAAUUCUCUAAUUUGGAAAAUUCUAGCGUUGGAAAUCAACCUACUGAUGACGGCUUGAUUGACCCGAGGUUUCUAUGGAACCCGUAUCAGAAUGACCCUUCUACUGGUUCUCUUAUUUAG